AUGAGGACCAAGAUGGCGGACCUCGAGACCCAGACGAAGCUGUCAGUGGCUCCUCCGCCGCCGGACGGUGGCGGAGGAGGAGGCGGAGGAGGAGGAAGCCGCUGCUCGGAAAUAUCCACCGAGCACAUUCGCUCCCUGACGGAGCUGCAGGAGCUGGAGGCUGUGUACGAGCGACUGUGCGGAGAGGAGAAAGUUGUUGAGAGAGAGCUGGAUGCUCUUUUGGAACAGCAAAAUACCAUUGAAAGUAAGAUGGUCGCUCUUCAUCGAAUGGGACCCAACCUGCAGUUAAUUGAAGAAGACGCAAAGCAACUUGCUGGAAUGAUUACCUUUACCUGCAAUUUAGCGGAGAAUGUGUCCAGCAAAGUCCGCCAGCUUGACCUGGCUAAGAACCGUCUCUACCAAGCCAUCCAGAGAGCAGAUGACAUCUUGGACCUGAAGUUCUGCAUGGAUGGAGUCCAGACUGCUCUAAGGAAUGAAGAUUAUGAGCAGGCUGCCGCCCACAUUCAUCGGUACUUGUGCCUGGACAAGUCAGUCAUUGAGCUUAGCCGCCAGGGCAAAGAAGGGAGCAUGAUUGAUGCCAACCUGAAACUGCUGCAGGAAGCGGAGCAGCGUCUCCGAGCCAUCGUGACAGAGAAGUUUGCAGCUGCCACUGAGGCAGGCGACCUCCCGCAGGUGGAACGCUUCUUCAAGAUCUUCCCGCUGCUCGGUCUGCAUGAGGAUGGUUUGAGCAAGUUCUCGGAAUACCUUUGCAAGCAGGUGGCCAGUAAAGCCGAGGAGAAUCUGCUACUGGUGCUCGGGACAGAUGGGAGUGACCGAAGAGCAGCCGUCAUCUUCGCAGACACACUGACCCUCCUGUUUGAAGGGAUUGCCCGCAUUGUGGAGACCCACCAGCCCAUAGUGGAGACAUACUAUGGGCCAGGGAAGCUUUAUACCAUGAUCAAAUACCUGCAGGUUGAGUGUGACCGACAGGUGGAGAAGGUGGUCGACAAGUUCGUCAAACAGAGAGACUAUCACCAGCAGUUCCGGCAAGUCCAGAACAACUUGAUGAGAAAUUCUGCAGCAGAAAAAAUUGAACCAAGGGAACUGGAUCCUCUUCUGACUGAGGUCACGCUGAUGAAUGCCCGAAGUGAGCUGUACCUACGCUUCAUCAGGAAGAGAAUCAGCUCCGACUUUGAGGUGGGGGACUCCAUGGCCUCAGAGGAAGUAAAGCUUGAGCACCAGAAGUGUCUAGAUAAGCUCCUCAAUAACUGCCUGUUGAGCUGUACCAUGCAGGAACUGAUCGGCUUCUACAUCACCAUGGAGGAGUACUUCAUGAGGGAAACGGUCAACAAGGCUGUGGCCCUGGAUACCUGUGAGAAGGGCCAGCUGACCUCUAGUAUGGUGGACGAUGUCUUCUACAUCGUCAAGAAGUGCAUUGGACGGGCCCUGUCUAGUUCCAGCAUCGACUGUCUGUGUGCCAUGAUCAACCUCGCCACCACGGAGCUAGAAUCAGACUUCAGGGAUGUCCUGUGUAACAAGCUUCGGAUGGGCUUCCCUGCCACCACCUUCCAGGACAUCCAGCGCGGGGUGACCAGUGCCGUGAACAUCAUGCACAGCAGCCUCCAGCAGGGCAAGUUCGACACAAAGGGCAUCGAGAGCACUGAUGAGGCAAAGCUGUCCUUCCUGGUGACGCUCAACAAUGUGGAAGUGUGCAGUGAGAACAUCUCCACUCUGAAGAAGACACUCGAGAGAGACUGCACCAAGCUGUUCAGCCAGGGCAUCGGCGGGGAGCAGGCGCAGGCUAAGUUCGACAGCUGCCUUUCUGACCUGGUGGCUGUGUCCAACAAAUUCCGAGACCUCUUGCAGGAGGGGCUGGCAGAGCUGAACAGCACAGCUAUCAAGCCACAGGUGCAGCCUUGGAUCAACACCUUCCUCUCUGUCUCCCACAACAUCGAAGAGGAAGAAUUCAACGAUUAUGAGGCCAAUGACCCUUGGGUCCAGCAGUUCAUCCUUAACCUGGAGCAGCAGAUGGCUGAGUUCAAGGCCAGCCUGUCCCCGGUUAUCUACGACAGUCUGACUGGGCUCAUGACUAAUCUCGUUGCUGUGGAGUUGGAGAAGGUGGUGCUGAAAUCCUCUUUCAACCGGCUGGGUGGCCUGCAGUUUGACAAGGAGCUACGGUCACUCGUUGCCUACCUUACCACAGUGACUACCUGGACCAUCCGGGACAAGUUCGCACGCCUCUCGCAGAUGGCCACCAUCCUCAACCUUGAGCGAGUGACUGAGAUCCUUGAUUACUGGGGGGCCAACUCAGGCCCCCUGACAUGGCGCCUCACCCCUGCUGAAGUCCGACAGGUGCUGGCUCUGCGCACGGACUUCCGCAGUGAGGACAUCAAGAGGCUACGCCUGUAGGCACUCCCUAUAAUCCCCCAGUCCAGGGGGGCAAGCCAAGGUGUGGGUGAGAGGCCUUCGGGCAUCCCCAGUGUGGGAAACACGACUGUACCCUACUCCCACACAUACCAGCUUUGCUGCUGGAGGGGCGGCCUCUCCCACAAGAGCUGGUUCCCCAGAAGCAUAAGCAAGUGGAAAGUCAAUGGAUGACAUCUGUGGUGGCCGUCCUUCACCCUGGACCCUGCAGCCAAUGGUUUUCCUGCCUGCCACACUUGAAGGACCCAAGGACAGCAGGGGCCCAGAAAAUGAGGUCUGACUCUGGAGGCCAUGAUGCAUCUGAGCCCCUGAAUAAAGCUCCUCAUCAGAGAGGCCAGACUGCUGUUACCAGGGCAUGUGGUCCAACUCCUGAAAGGUGAAGACAAGACCCUGUUGCUCACAUCCCAAGUGGCCCAUCAGGACCCUCGUAAGACCAAGCACCUCCUUCAAUCUAAACCCUUGCCUGACCCUCAGCACUAGAAGCUGGGCAUCUAGAGGCAGUUCCCAGUUACAGAGAUGUGGAUACUGCUCCUACCAAGAACAGAACAAGCCUAAUGAGGAUAUCCCUGAAGGAUGGAGUGAAUUUAUUUCAAGGUCACAGGUCUCCUGGGGCUGGAAUGAUAAUAAUAAAGCAGAGAGGGGCACUUGCAGCCUCACAUGCUUGAUCCUCAGCAUCCUAUAUCCUAAGCCCUACCAGGAGUGAUUCCUGAGCUCAGGGCCAGGAGUAAGCCCUUAGCAUCUCCAGGUGUGACAUGGGAAAAGUAUCACAGUCCCAAGAAGCCACUGCCCACAGACAGGGGUCACCUGGCUGCAUAGCUGGUCAGGUCUAGGAUGGCAGCAACACAUCUGAGAAUGGUUCCAGAUCACUGUACUCUCCCCUGCCUUCAGACAAGUCUGGAUUCGGGGCAGAGGAAGUGUCACCAUGGGCCUGUGUGGGAUCACAUCAGAGGGACCCCGACCACCGAACACCCUAUCUUCUGGCCCUUCGUGGAAGCUGAGGUCUGGGCCUACACUGUAAAGGUACGUGUUACCUUUACAUGCCAAGACCUGCCUGCACUUGAGUCCAGAGAGCACAACGGGAGGGCAUUUGCCUCUUAGGUGGCCAACCCUGGUUCACUCCCAAACUCCAUGUAGGAUUACCCCCGAGCACGGCCAAAAGUGGUCCCCAAAUCCAAGCAUUAAAGAAAUCUUCCACAUUCAA